AUGAAAUAUCGACUGGCACUAUCUUUUCUUCUCUUGUUGGUUCGCAAUGUGAAGGGGGAUCUUCCCAUACACGCUCUGAUGGGAGACGUCGCGGGCAUUUGGGACAUCAGCCAGACGGAGGAACUCAGCGACAAGCCGGAGCACUGCGGAGGGGGGAUUCCCAACAGGAAUGUUCAAAAUUUGGAUCCGCAACUAGGAAACUAUGAAGCGUUUCUGGAAAAUAACUACGGAGGUGUGGAUAGCACAUCAAUGAAGCUGACCACAGAAAAGAUUAGAUUGUCGGACAAAGUAAAUCCGAGGAAUAAGUGGACCUACUUGGCAGUGAGGGAUGUGAAGACUAAUGGGAUCAUCGGCCACUGGACGAUGGUUUAUGACGAAGGGUUCGAAGUCAGGUUACCUGGGAGGCGGUACUUCGCCUUAUUCAAAUAUGAACGGAUCAGCUCCAAAACGUGUCCUGACCCCAUAGAAAACAAGGAUUCUACAGAUAGCAACUGUUAUGUGACAGAUCCUAGAAGGACGCUGAUUGGAUGGGUUCUACACCAACGGGUUCAGGAGAACGAUAAAGAGAAAAAACUAUUUCAGUGGGGAUGCUUCCAUGGAAGGAAGCAGGAAGAUGUAGGUGUGUCUUCCUUCGUCAUUCACGGUGCGCAUGGAAGUCGAGAUGAUACGGAGGAACGAGGAGGGAAGACUUCACCGCCAAGGAACCAACUCAGCUUUGCUGCCAUUAAGCAUAGGUCGAAUUAUACAAAGAUAAGGCUACCCACGGGGAGUCCACACGGCGUGCCGAAGACAAGCUUGAUGAGCAUCUACGAACGCGCGACGGAACGAAUUUACGGCUGCCGCAAGGAUGGAAGCGGGGAAGUGAAGAUCCGCUUGACCCUCCCGAAGGCAUUCACAUGGGGGGAUCCAUUCAGUGACGACAAGUUUGAAGACGACGUGGAGGACCAAAUGAGCUGCGGAAGCUGUUACUCCAUUGCGACGGUGUACAGUCUUCGUAGAAGAUUUGAAAUUUGGCUUUUAAAAAAAUACGGGAAAAAAAUGGCAAUGCCAAAGUUGUCCUAUCAGUCCGUUCUGAGCUGUUCUCCAUACAACCAGGGGUGUGAUGGAGGCUUCCCUUUUCUCGUCGGGAAGCAGCUCUAUGAGUUUGGCACUCCAACGGAAGAUUCUCUGCCUUACGGAAACAGUGAUUCGAUUAAGUGUGAAAUGGAUAUGGGCUCUUAUAACGAUGUCACCUCGGCAAAGUACAAAGAGGAGGAUCUUUUUUUUGCAGGAGAAUAUAAUUAUGUUGGUGGCUGUUAUGAAUGCUCCAAUGAGUUCGAAAUGAUGAGUGAGCUUUAUUCAAAUGGACCCAUCGUCGUCGCCAUCAAUGCCACUGCGCAAUUACUUAGCUUGUACAAUUUAGGGAAACAGAAUGGUAUCUACGACACCGCUACCCAUGAGAACAAAGUUUGCGACGUGCCAAAUGAGGGUUUCAACGGAUGGCAGGAGACCAACCAUGCUGUGACGAUUGUUGGCUGGGGGGAGGAGGAACAACAGGAGGGAGGCAACCCCGUUAAGUAUUGGGUGGUGAGAAAUACUUGGGGCAAGGUGUGGGGCUACAAUGGAUACAUCAAAUUCCAGCGGGGCGUGAACCUCGCCGGCAUCGAGACGCAGGCGGUGUUCCUCGACCCGGACUUCUCGCGCGGCAGGGCGUUCAAGAUAAGCGGUAGAGAAAGCGAAGGGGGAGAAGUUGGCGCGGAAAAUGGCCAUAAACGUGAAGCUGCCCUGAUACCGCACAUCACGCACACCCAACAUGCGCAGCGGGAUAACGUCUAA